AUGUCCGACUCGCUCACCCUCCUCACCUCGGACGACCCGCCCGUCUCGCUCACCGCCUCGCGCACCGCCCUCGCCGCCAACUCGAAGGUGUUCGCCGACAUGCUGUCGGUCCCUGCCGGCGGCAAGGCGAGCGAGCCCGUCGUCGUCGCCGAGGCGCAGGAGGCGCUCGAGCCCUUCCUCCGGCUGCUCGAGGGACAGGCGCCCAAGCUGUCGUCGCCACAGUGGGAGGUCCUCGCUCGACUCGGCGACAAGUACGACUCGUUCGUCGUGCAGCAGGCUGUCGACGCUCGAGGAUGGAAGCUCGAGUCGAAGGACGAAGAGCCCCUGCACGCGUUCACGCUCGCGACCACGACCGGCAACAAGGCCCUGCUCGACCGCUCAACCCUGCGAGCGAUCCGGGUUGCGGACCGCAGCACACUCGGCGCGGACAAAGAGUGGGGCGACCGCCUGCCUGGCGCAUAG